UCGAAAAAAUAUUACACUCGAAAUGUGCAUGUAAAAAAGAGAAGUAAAAAUAACAAGUUGUUUUGCUUGGAAGUCUGACUCUAUCCCAAGCAAACAUUCCACGCACCCUUGUGGAACAAUUGAAAUCGUGGUCUAUCGAGGUCAGCAGAGCGCAGGUGCAAGGAGAUCCAAGAGAAGGACUUAAUUCAAUGAAAGAUCCUCGAGCUCGUUGACCAAGAAUCCUCCUCGCGUUCUCUAGACGGCGCGACGGACCAGAAGGGUUGAGGGGAUGGGAGCGAGCGUAACCAAUUAUCGCGCGAAAUCGCACCGAUGGUGGCGUGCAAAGCGGUAGAGGAACAGAAGUAGUCAAUAAUGGGUAGCCUAUACGCUAUUUGUACUUCAUCGUAUCGAGGUAAUCGAUAAUAAUAAUUGCAGCUCGCGGUCUCCGAGGCAGCAGCAGCAGCAGCAUCAGCAGCAGCAGCAGUAGCAGCCCUCCUUAGUUCGAUGUGGUACAGAGGGGUUGCUGUUGCUGGUUCGGUGUGCUGGUGUUACUUAGUGGGGAGAAAGGGUAGAAAAGGUAUACGCGUGCACCGAAGCAACUUGGACGAAUAGCGUGAAGAGGGUCGGUUCGUGGGCGCGGCGUACGACGCGCUGCGUCGGUUCCGCCCUCGAAAUCCAACCAGACAGGGAUAACCAUCGGGGAAAAAGGAAGAGAGAAAGAGAGAGAAAGAAUGGAUCCCUCCAGCAGGUCGUGGACCGGUCCUACAGACAGUCCACGCUCAGUCGACACCGGCACUCCAUUCGAGCACGUUCGACUGUUUGCCGCGCUCUCUAACGUCCAGUCGAUCUCGUUGCUCAUUGUUAAUAAGUUUAUUUCUUUUUUUUCUCUUCGAAUCCGGUGUUACUUCCGUUCCGGCGAUCCUUCGAACGAGGAAGGACGAGAAAAGAUUGAUCAGUGGAUGCCCGCGAGGAUAAAGACGAUCAUCGAGCGCGACGAAGGUCCGCUCGCGUGUGUGUGAAAAGUUUGAGAUAGAAGAAGCUUGACGGGGUGAAACUAUAUAAAAAUCGAUUCGUCGAUACACACAGCUGUGACCAUGAUGAGCUCACAUCAACAACAUCCCGGCUACGGGUUUCUCUCGGGCAUGGACCUGCACUCGGUGCACCACGUGAGCCAGGACAUGAAUGUAAAUCAACAAUCAGUGUCGUCGCAGGAGCAGCAUAUCAAAAGGCCGAUGAACGCGUUCAUGGUGUGGUCGCGGAUCCAAAGGAAGAAGAUCGCCUUGGAUAAUCCAAAGAUGCACAAUUCAGAGAUAUCGAAACGACUGGGUGCCGAGUGGAAGUUGCUGUCCGACAGUGAGAAGAGACCGUUCAUCGACGAGGCGAAGCGUCUGCGCGCCAUGCACAUGAAGGAACAUCCUGACUACAAGUACCGUCCACGAAGGAAACCGAAGGUGCCGGUGUCCGUGGUGCCAGGCAAGGGAGGUUCCAUGAGUCCAGGUGGUUUCCCCAGCUUCCCUUUGCCGCCGUACUUCGCCGCACCUGCCGCCCCGGUCUCUCAUCACCAUCACCAUCCACAUCCGCUCGAUUAUCCGCCACUACCGCCGUAUUUCGGCUCCGCCUUCGACGCCGUCCACCUGAGCAAGCUGGUGGCCGGCAGCAGCGGUACUGGAUCGACCUCCUCGGCAGCGGCCGCUGCAGCAGCGGCUGCCGACGCGGCGAACAACAACGCGGCAUCCGCGGCUGCUGUGGUCAGUAGCUUCUACUCCGGAUUCUACUCGUCGCCGACGACAGCAGGUAAGCCGUAUCCGACGACGGCGUCUCACCUGGGACCACUGUUUCCUACCGGACAUCACACGAUGGCUGCGACAGGGCCGCAUCCACCCCUCAUGUUCUCAUCCUCGUCGACGACCGGCUCUGGGAGUAUCGUAACCACCACCAGCAGCCCGGGCAGUAGCCCAGGCUCCACUCCGAUUCCGUCGUCCCAUCAGCAGGUGUCCACACCGACCACGUCGACCACGCUGGACUUGGAACAAUUGCGCAGACCGGUCUCCGUGAUAUUCUAGACCCGUAGAUCCGUCUAAAAGGAACGAGACGCGUCUCGUUCAGGGUUUGAUAGAUAAACGCGCAUCGAGAACCACGUCCGUGGGACGCAACAGCGGGCGCAGGCUUACUUUUUCAAAAUCACACGCAAGCGUGUGUAAGUACGUUCUAAAGCGCGGGAAACUCGACGAUAUUGUAUUUAUAAUCGCGAUGCUCGAGAGCCAACAGGGAUUCGGAUACAGAGAGGAGGCAUUCACCGUGAGAAUUCUUUUUCGCUUGGUUGUUUCUUUAGGCAAAUUCCGAGGGGGCGGUUGGAAGUAUGAUAGAUUUUCAAGGUUGACCCAGGCCGAUUGCGAAUCGACCGAAGCGGCGUUCGGGGAAGGUUCGCCGGCAACCACGCGGAUAAUUGAAUUAGCAUAUUAAUGCGUUGGAACAAAAGAGCCGUUUAGGACCGGAUUCGUUUUGCUUUAUUGAAUGGGCUGCAUUGUGCGACGCGCUGCCCCGUGGAACAGGAACCCGGUCCUCUCCCUUCGGGAGGUGGAGGGUAUUGUUUUCAAAUAAUGUUUUCUAAUUGCGGAUGUGCCUUUUACCUGUCGCCUGGUCAUUGAGAUCAAUAGAGCCAGCCUCGGAAAAACUCGUCGAGGUUUAGGAAACAUUCGAACCGCCUUACGAUCCAUUGUUCCGCUCCUUUGAUUUCGAGCUGGCUUGUGUCACCUACGUGGACGAUGUUCGUGCCGUAGUCAGGGCGAAAUUGUUGGCUCUUGGGCAUCGUUAACCGUUCGUUUUAAUAUAUCGUUUAUACGGAUGUAAAUAGAUCGUAAUAUACAAUCGGCGUAGGUUAAGGAACGGAAUAGUUGUCGUGGGACGGCUCGUUCGGUCUGGGUUAAGUCUUGCAUCGCCCACAAACACGCGAACAACGCUCGUUCCGAGGAACGAUAGUACAUCGAUGAUCGAAUUUCGGGGACACCUCUGGACAUUUUUCUUUUUAGCGAACGAUCGUGUUUCGUCCAACACCUUCGAAGAAUGGUAAGCACUCGCCGGCGAGCAAACUCGUAUGUGAUACUCUCUGCGUUUAAUCCGCGGAUCGUCCGAGUGGCCCGCGUUACUCGAGAUUCACGAUUUAACCAUGAUUUCGCGAGUUCGUGUUUUCGCGAGGUCGUUCAAGUCUGUCCCAGAAGGUAGAAUUUCAAGCGACGAACAGGAAACGCUUUGAGGAAUUUCGCUUGAUGCGCUUGCAAUUUUGUUUUCGAGUCGUUAUCAUUAGUAGAAUCAUUUCCAAAUUUUUCUUCGAGCGAAGAUGAAAUUUCACAAAGCGUUUCUCGCUCAUAAUUUCGCAACGCUAUUUUACUAAGCUCUUCUCCGAAAAGCAUUUUCGUCGCCGUGGUCCGAAUGUAAAUGGACCAAAUCGUUAACUGUGAUUUCGUUACGUCGUAACAAGCGCGCGCGUUCACGCGAGAGCGUUCGCGGUUUCAAAGCAACCAAUCCACGUGUACGUGUCGUUUUUUUCGUAGAUUUUAAAGUCGCCACGUACCUCUUGUUGUAACAUUAACGUUUAGAGCACACAAGAAGCGCGUACGCGAAAUUGUUGCACCGUGUAUAGGAUUAUUAUUUAUGAAGAACGAUCGUGUCCAGCGAAUGAUUUGUUUCUUCUUUUUCAUCGCUGUUUCUCGCUGUUCGAUUUUUCUCUUGUAUACUUUCUUCGUCUUGUUUUUGCACACCCACACACACGACAUGUAUUUAUAUGUAUAUACAAUAUUUGUGCACACUCGUCGAUGUUGUCGUCCGAGGAUUCAUGAAACACGCUAGUCCGUAGAAAUGAGUGAAAAAAUUUUGUCGACGCGUCGCUUUGUACGUUGCGUUUUGUUUUUCAUAAAUAAAUUGUUAUUAUUUGUUGGUAGCGAUCGUGUAACGCGAACGAUGUUCAUUGAAUUCACGUCAGCGAAUUUUAUUGUAAAAAUGAUGCUCGUUGUUGUCGAGCACCGGAUAGAGGGAUCAUUCGAUAAAUAAAGGGACAGACACGAGUAAAUGUAAUAAUAAUCUUUCGUUAUAAUUAUUUAGUUUUCUUAUACAAGCAGAACAGGGAUCAGCGUUUAAAAAUUAGCCCUCCUUUCUUCCGAAUCACAUCUAUUGGUUUCUACAAUUAUCGAAUGAUCCUGAUAAUCACCAAGCGACCGAACAGAACGACGAAACAGAAAGGAACAAUUGUCUCUUACCGUAUAUGUGCAUAUAUUUAUUAUUAUCGACGAAUCAAAGUAAUAAAUGACUCUAUGAAUUUCA